UGUUUUUAUAACCUGAUGAUCAGCAGAGAGAUGGUGAGGAAGAAGAAUCCCCCUAUCCGGAGUGUGGGAGGAGAGGAGGAGGAGGAGGAAGAGGGGAGGAGGCCAGCAGGAGAAGAGGAAGAGGAGGGAGAGGAGGAGGGGAGAGUAGGAGCGGAGGCCGACCGAAUAAACCGACCCUCAGAACCAGAAUCCUCCGACCGGAUCAGAGGAGAUGAGGAGCAGGAAGAGGAGGAGGGAGAGAGCGAGUGUGUUUCCUCAUCUGUCUCUCCCUCAUCUGUUGGCGGGAGAGACGAUCGCUACAGCAAUGAGGAGAAAGGGGGGAGGAGAGGAGGGGGAGGAGGAGGGGGGAGGGCUAAACAAGGAGGAGCGGCAAUGACUGACAGACCUGAGAGCCAGUCGGAAGCUGAGGAUGGGGACAAGGGUGCAGAGGAGGGAGAGAGGAGUGAAAGAGACACAGGGGAGGCAGAUCAUCUCAUUUCUCCUCUCUUCUCGACUCCCCACCUCCUCACCAGACAGGAAGGAGGGGAGGAGUCGACAACUGACACCCCUCCGCUCUCCUCCAGCCCCUCUCCUAAACUCCAGGACUUCAAGUGCAACGUGUGUGGUUAUGGUUACUAUGGCAACGACCCAGCUGACCUGGUGAAGCACUUUAGGAAGUAUCACCUGGGUCUUCACAACCGCACGCGGCAGGAUGCUGCCCUCGACACACACAUCCUGGCACUCCACAACAUGGCUCCCCAGCACACACCUCUGGACAUCCAGGCAGGACAAGGGCAGAGGAACCAAGCCAAAGAGUUGGGGAAGACAAGGCCAGAUGUAAACAAUCAGCAACACAGAACAGUUAUGAUCAAUGGCACAUAUGACGUACAGGUGACGAUGGGCGGCACGCUAAUUGGGAUUGGCAGAAAGACCUCUGAUUGCCAGGGGAACACUAAGUACUUUCGCUGCAAAUUCUGCAACUUCACAUACAUGGGCAGUAAUUCCUCAGAACUUGAACAACACUUCCUGUCUUCACAUCCAAAUAAAGUGAAAACUCCACCGUCCACGCCCUUGCUUGCUAACAACAACGACAGCCAGGUGAAGGGGAGGAGUCAAAUUUUAGACGGGGCGGAGCGAGUGGCAGUGAGAGCGGAAGACGAUUCCUUGGUCGGGUACUCCAUCCGGGUCAGGGCGUGUCCCGAUUCGUCGAGCUGGAUGGGGGAGGCAGGUCGAGAUACGGUUCAGGCGUAUUAUAGGUGCCAAUUCUGCAGCUGGAGUUGCGAGUGGUCAGGGGGCUCGGCGAAGCUUUUAGAGCACUAUGAACAAAGACAUAGAAUGAGCACAGGAGGUACUAUGAGCCCGAACAGCUCUAAUCCUGGAGGGAUGGACAGAGAGCGGGAGAGAGGAGGGAGAAGAGAAGGAGGAGAAAGAGAUCACAUGUUAUCCAAAAGCCGCAAAGAUCUGUCAUCUAACCCGUCCGGCACCAGCCAAGGAGACCCAAACAGCAGUGACACAGAAGCAGUCGUGACCAGUUAUAACUGUCAGUUGUGUGAUUUCCGGUACUCAAUGGCCCACAGUGCAGAUGUGAUCGUAGUAGCACCAUUACUACUGCACUACCAGCACAACCACUCCAUCCACCGAUGCUGCAUUCAGCACUGCAUGUAUUGUCCACAGGGGCUCUGUCAGCCACAAAAACACCUGGGGGAGGUGUCUCACCCGUUUGCUUGCCGGAAGCCCUCUUGCCCAAAAUGUUGUUCCAAGUUCCCUCAGUCCGCCAAACAGCAAGACACCAUGGGUUCCAAACCUGUCACUGCCACCUCACCCAGCAUGACCCCUCCCAAUCCUAGAGGUGACCCCGGGGUCACCCAUUUGUGUGACCAGUGUGCGUUUGCCACCACCGACAUAGACGUGUUGCUCCAACACUACGAAAGCUGCCACACCCUGAUUAACCUAAAGGGGGCGCCCCCACAUGUCAAGGCUGAGGAAGAGGGUGGUGGAGACAAGGAAGGAGGGAGAGGAGAAGGAGGCGAGAGGGAGUUCUCUUGUACAAAGUGUCACUUCAUCACGGAAGUGGAAGAAGAAAUUUUCAGACACUACAGGCGUGUCCACGCAUGUUGUCGCUGUCGACGCUGUGACUUCACGGCUCCUGACUCAUCAGCCCUCCUUGACCAUUUCAAUUCAGCUCACUGUCAUGAAUCCUCCCCCUCAUUAAGCUCACUGACAACAACUUUACCCACCUCACUGACAACCUCACUGACACCUUCGUUAACGCUCUCAGCCAAUGGCUGCUCGGCUCCUUCUACCUUAGCCAUUAAAGAAGAGAGCAAGGGGGAUAUUCGCCUCCUUUACUCCCUUGCACCGCCUGAGGGACGGUUGGCAGAAGGAGGCAGAGAAGAAGCAGGAGGGGUGGUAAAAAGUGAGGGAGGUGAGGAGAAAGAAAGAGAGCGGGAGAAAGGCUGGGUCCUUGGGGAGACAAGAGGACCAGGAGAAAGAGGAGGUGAGCAGGCUCAUGGUCUACUGUGGGUGCCCAAGGAGCGAAUGGGACCUGAAAGAGGAGCAGGAGGUGGCAGCCCCUCUCUUUUCCCCUCCUCCCUCUCACUGUCAUUUGUUUCAGCCAAUCACGAGGCCUCACCGCAGAAAAGAGGUGUAGCGUCGCCUAGCAUGGUUUACCUAGGAGACACCAAAUCAUUUUUGGGAGAUACCAAGUCGUUUUUGGGAGACGCCAAGCUGUACGGAGGAGGGAGGCCAGGAGGAGCCACUGCAGGUGGAGGCGGAGGGGAGAAACAGAGCCAGAUGCCAACUCAACAGUACACAGGAGGAGGAGGAGGAGGAGGGGGGAGUGGAGGUGGAGGAGGACAGGAGGGGAAAGGAGGAGCUGCUAAAGAGGAGUCCCAGUCCCUGCUACGGCGGCGCAGAGGUAGUGGGGUCUUUUGUGCGAACUGUCUGACUACCAAGACAUCUUUAUGGAGGAAGAAUGCUAAUGGAGGCUACGUCUGCAAUGCAUGUGGUUUAUACCAAAAACUACAUUCGACACCCAGACCUCUAAACAUCAUAAAACAAAACAACGGUGAACAAAUUAUCCGACGCCGAACCCGAAAACGCCUCAACCCUGAUUCGCUGUCAUCUGAAAACCCAGCUCCCAAGCAGCAACGAAUCACCAACGAGGAGCGUAUGAACGGGGACGAGUCAGACAGAAGUUGCGCAUCAAUCAAAAACCAGCAGCCUUCCCCUCGCUCGCGCUCUCCCCGCUCCACUCAGGCCUUCCUUGCCAAUCAAACAUUGGAAAUCCACAGACGCAUGCCUCCUCUUCUUCUGCCUUCACACGCCCCCUCCCCACUGGUAGUUGAGGGCAAUGGGGGCAUCGCUGAGGGAGGGCUAGCAUCAAAAAUAGAGGGAGGAAAAGGAGGAGGGGGAUCAGAAAGAGGCAGCCCAAUUGAAAAAUACAUGCGACCAUCCAAACCGUCUAGUUAUUCACCCCCUGGUUCACCCAUUGAAAAGUAUCAGUAUCCCCUUUUCUCCUUACCCCUUCCUUUAACCCUCUCACCAGAUUUGACCCCUGAGUCAGAUUGGAUCAGGUUCUGGACCAAGUAUAAGAUGGCUGCUACCUCUGGGGUUCCCGGUGGCAUCAGUAAUCUCAGCAGCCCUGGUAGCCUUGGAAACAACGCUCAUUACCUUGGUGCAAUGGUGACUCCAGUACAACAUCAUCAGCAAAGCUACACGGUGCCUUACUGCGCCUCUCCCUACUCUCCUCUACCACCUCCUCCUGCUCCUCCUCACUAUCCUCCUCCUCCUCUUCAUCCUCAAACCUCCUCAUCAUCGUUAGAAAAUGAUGCUCCUUUAGAUCUUGCAAUAAGACAAAGAGAUACAAGUGCUGCAAAUGCACACAUGUCAACAAAUGGCGCAGAGAGGAGAAGGCAAGAAUCGCCUCGCCUAGCUGAGAGGUUGAGAGAGAACUGGAAAGGAGAGAAAGAGGAGGAGGAGAGGAUAGAUGAAGGAGAGAACCAGAGGGAGGAAACACAAAAGGAAGAAAAAGAUAAUUUGACAAAAGGUGUUCCGUCGAAUCGCGCAAUGGUGGAAGUGGCCACACAGGACGACCUGACCAACCGUUGCAUCCACUGUGGGAUCUACUUCCUCGAUGAGGUCAUGUAUGCCCUGCACAUGAGUUGCCACGGCGACCAGGGACCAUACCAAUGCAGUUUUUGCCUCCACGUGUGUGUGGAUCGGUAUGACUUCACCACGCACAUACAGAGGGGUUUACAUAGGUACACAGACAAAACAUCACAGCAGAGGGGUCACACGCAAGAUGGCAUCAUUCAGGACGCCACAGUGGCAUCAGAGCACGAGUGUCAAAAUUUGUCUCCAGAGGAAAAAGAUGGAGGUCACCAUAACAACACUGCAGGUGAAAGCGAUGAUGCCAUGGGAGUAUGUCAUGACGACCAAGCAAAAGAAAGUACAGGCGAUGAUGCCACUGACAAUGACACAAGAGAUGAAAAGGAGGAAAGAGAAGAUGCUCGUGACAUACCAAACCAGGAAUUAGGAAGCCAGAAGGUGUCAGAUAGUGAUGACAACAUUACAGAAACCGCAGAUGUCGAGACUGUUGCUGAGUCUGAAAAGUUAGACGAGAACAUGGAGAGUAAUUAA